CUUGAUCUUGAUAUUUUGAUCUGAUCUAUUUGGCUAAUUUUCUCUCAUUAUGUGUCACCAUUAAAGCUUGCUGCGCACGUUUUUACAUUUCAGUCUUAAAAUUAAAUAAGCGCAGAUACUAUUACUAUUGGCUAGAUAUAGACCUGUCUAAUAUCAGGCCAGCCUUAGAAAAAUUGUUGGUUUGCUGUGUACCUACCCACAUUUUUAGAAGUGGGUAGGUAGGUAGGCAAUUUUAUUUUUCUUUAGUCUGAUUGACAUGAAUUUCACAGAUGUGGAUGUCAGAUUUUUAAAUUGACAAUAGCAACACGUAAACACACAGAAAGUCUUUGAUAACAUGUUUGAUUAUACACUGUCAGACUGAAGGGGUGAUCAUUUUCUUUUUACAACUAACAUCAAAGUACAUAUAAACUACAGCAUUUCUUACAAAAAUUGUUUUCUGUUUUCCCCUCUCUUUAAUUACAGUAACAGAAAACAUGGCUUCCGAAGAAGACGCCAUAUUUGUAUUACCCUGCGACAACAGGGAGCACAAUUAUGAGGGUAAUGAUUGAUUUUGUUACUGGUGGAUUUCCGGAAAAAUCAGUAACGAAAAAGAAAAGUCAGUACCCUGGGGAAAAAAUCGUGUCGCUGCAUUUUUUACAGGUCGGUCGGUAAACAGCAAACCAACAUUUUUUUAAGGAUGGCCACAGCAAAGUAAUACCCCCAUAAAUAGAUAAGAUUAUACAGCUUGAUGAUGAGUUUGAAAGAUCUGAACAGAGAACACCUGGAAACUGAGUUUGCUCCCAUUCUGACAGUGACAGCUGUUCCACAAGUCAAAAGACCAGCUGUGGAAUAUUUUCUAGGACUAACAGGCUCCGACGAUGGAAAAUUAUUUAUUGGAGGCAGUGACAAAUUCAUUAAAGGCAUUCUAGAGCUGACAGAUGAUUCGGACGAUGUAAUUGUUGAAGCAUCUUACAAAACACUUGUUAAUCUUGCAACACAAGAUUCCACGUGUUCGAGAAUUUUGAACUCUGAAAACUGUUCAGAGAUAGUUGUUAAAAAUUUUGAAAAAAUCUUGGAUCCAAAAUACAGACAUGCUGAUCUAGUAUGCAAGUUUUUAUCAAACUUGACCAGACCAGAAGAAUGCGCCAGGAGUGUGGCCGAUAUCGUAAAGGAGAACAGGGACAAACUGAAAAUCAUCAAAUUUGUGACUGUGUUAUGUACGAAAGACUACAAUGCUAAGGCAGACCUUCAUUAUCUGGCGCCCGUCUUGGCCAAUUUGUCUCAGAUUCGUCACAUACGAGAUGAAAUUCUCACCCGAGACCAGUGGGUGAUUCAGAGGUUACUACCGUUUGUUAAUUACAUGCAGUCCGACAUUAGAAGGUUGGGGGUUGUCAGCUGUAUUAAAAACUGCUGCUUUGAUGAUGCAUGCCACGAGUGGUUGCUUAGUGACAAGGUAAACAUCCUGUCUUUCCUUCUGCUUCCCCUGGCCGGCCCAGAGGAAUUUGAUGAUGAUGACAUGGAGAAACUUCCAGAUGAGAUCCAAUACCUGCCCGCUGAUAAAACUAGGGAACCGAAUCCAGAGAUAAGGCGCAUCUUAUUACAGGCAGUGUUAAAGCUAUGUGCAACAAAAGAGGGAAGAUUAUUCAUAAAAGAAAAGAACACGUAUAUCAUUAUCCGAGAACUGCACAAGUGGGAAUCGCAGAGGAGCAAUAUACCAACCAUCAUGAACCUCAUCGACAUCUUGAUUGGCGAUGAACCGGAACAGGGCAUGGAGAACUUACAUCAGGUGGAAAUACCAGAACACCUGGAGGAGAAGUUCAGGAAGGAAGACCAAGAGGAUGAGAAGGAGUACUUAUCAUAGAACUGGGAUUACAUGUACAUCUUCUUUAUUUAAGAACAUUGUGCAAUAAUUACAAAUAUAUGAUGGAUGUGGGCAUUGUUUAAUGUACCUUAUUCUGUGUGGAUACCUACAGUGUUCUUGCUGAUCUGUAGAUUGAAGAUUAAGUCAAGUUCACCAUGUUAAAAGAUAGUUUCUUUCUCUUUAAUUUCUUUUUUAAAAAUCCACUUCAAAGAUUAAUUGUGUUUGAAAUAACGGUGUGCCCGAGAGAUGCUUAAAUUUUGCUGCAGGCGAACAAAUUUCUUUGUAUACACACAUGAUCAGACAAUUUAAAAUUUCUGUGAAAUAAAAUUUAGAGGUAUCAUAUCUUCAUAUCAGUUAUCAUAUGGGUAACAAAGUUGUAACAAGCCAAGGAGCUUUAUGAAAUAAUGUGUGAUCGGGAUGGAAGUUAAGGGAACUGAAUCUUAGUCUUAUCAUUGCUUUUAUUGGAAAAUGGAUAGUAAUGAAAGUUAUUUCAAAAUUGGCGGUUAUUUUGUCAGGGCUUGUAGGUCUUUGGUGGUGCUUACAAUUGUACAAGCAGUCAGCCCUGCAUGUCUAGCUAAUUUUACAGUGAGUUUCCAACACUGAGAUGAAGAAUACUAUGUAUUAUAUCAUAUGGCACAGUGAACAGAUACCAUGAUGUAUGCAUUCCAUUUCUUGAAUAGUGACCAACUACUGCAAGUGUGGAAAAUAUGUCCUUGUAAACAUCCUAUGAUAACUAAGGGUCAUAACUUUAUCACUAUCAUUCAGUUAUUGUUUGCAGUAGUUCAAUAUCUGUAAAUUAAAAAUAUCUUCAAAGGAA